CAAACUCAACCACUCAAACUCUUCCACUAUCUUCUGAAUUUGGCUGGGACGUCUUCUUGAGUUUUAGAGGUACAGACACCCGCAUGAACUUCAUUGAUCACCUCCACUCCGCUUUGGUGCAAGCCGGAAUUCGUACAUUUUUAGAUGACAAGGAGAUUCCAAAAGGGGAGACCAUCUCUAUUGAACUUCUCAAUGCAAUUCAAAGAUCAAAAAUUUCCGUUGUAGUUUUCUCCAAACGCUAUGCUUCUUCCAGUUGGUGCCUUGAUGAGCUAGCGAAGAUCAUAGAAUGUAAGCAAACCAUAGGCCACACUCUUAUUCCCAUAUUUUAUCACAUGAACCCUUCGGAUGUUCGACAACAGACCGGAACUUUUGCGGAAGCAUUUUCUAAGCAUGAAGAGCGGUUUCAAACCAAUCUAGAGAGGGUGCAGAGGUGGAGAGAUGCUCUUAAUACAGCUGCAAAUUGUUCCGGCUUUCAUCUUGAAAGCAUUGAAAAUGGGUAUUAUGUUAUAGACUCGAAGGGUAAGAAGACAUGGAUUCCCAAAGGCCCUACAAAGACUGCUAUUCGGCAGUCCACUCCUAAGGCAGCUCCCCCUGUUAAGUCCUUUGACAGGCUGAUUGUAGUUGAGGAUGGGACUGAGGAGGAUUUCAAACCUAGUCCUCCUCCUACUUUCCUAGAUGUUUUUGAGGGGGCUUUAUCCUCUAGAGAAAAAGGGCAGUGUUCCUUUGAGAUAGGAUUCUCUCCUACCAAGGAGCCAUGA